AUGUCUCUCAAUAUUCCCGGCGCUCCCAACGCCAACCUGUUCAAGCAGGGCUACAACAACUAUGACGCUGAAGAUGGCGCUGUUCUGCGCAACAUCGAUGCCUGCCGGGCAAUCUCCUCCACCGUCCAGACCUCGUUGGGUCCCUACGGCCGAAACAAGGUCAUCAUCAACCACCUCCAGAAGAUGAUCCUUACCUCCGAUGCCGCGACUAUUCUCCGAGAGCUCGAUGUAGUACACCCCGCCGCCAAGCUCCUCGUCAUGGCCAGCCAGCAGCAGGAGGCCGAGAUGGGCGACGCCACCAACCUCGUCAUCAUCCUGGCUGGUGAGCUGCUCAAGAAGGCCGAGGAUCUCUUGCGAAUGGGCCUCAAGGCCUCUGACAUUGUUAUUGGUUACGAAAAGGCACAAAAGUUUGCUCUCGAGACCCUGGAGGAGCUGGAGGUGGACAAGGUCGAGAAUAUGCGUGACCAGGAGGAACUUAGCAAGGCGAUCCGCACUGUCAUUGCCAGCAAACAGAACGGCAACGAGGACUUCCUGGCCGAGCUAGUCUCUGAGGCUGUUCUCUCUGUCUUGCCAAACAAUCCAGCAAACUUCAAUGUCGACAACAUCCGCGUGGUCAAGAUCAUGGGUGGUAGCUUGGACCAGAGCAGGGUUGUCAAGGGCAUGGUUUUCCCCAAGGAGCCCGAUGGAAGUGUCAAGAAGGCCACCAAGGCCAAAGUCGGUGUGUACACCUGCCCCAUCGACGUCAGCCAGACCGAAACCAAGGGAACUGUUCUCCUUCACAAUGCCAAGGAGAUGGUUGAUUUCACCCAGGGCGAGGAGUCUCAAUUGGAGACUUCUAUCAAGGAGCUCUACGAUUCCGGUCUUCGCGUCGUCGUCGUCGGUGAUCGAGUUGGUGACCUGGCCAUGCACUAUCUGAACCGAUUUGGCAUCCUAUGCAUCAGGAUUCUCAGCAAGUUCGAGCUGCGCAGAGUCUGCCGUGUCGUCGGUGCUACCCCUCUAGCACGUCUGGGUGCCCCUAUGCCUGACGAGAUGGGCAAUAUCGAUGUUGUUGAGACUUUGGAAAUUGGUGGUGACCGGGUUACUGUGUUCAGGCAGGAGGAUGAGGUCACUCGCACAGCUACUCUGGUUCUUCGAGGAGCCACACAGAACCAUCUCGAUGACGUCGAGCGUGCUGUUGAUGAUGGUGUCAAUGUUGUCAAGGCUAUCUCCAGGGACCCCAGGCUCGUGCCCGGCGCGGGUGCUACAGAGACUCAGUUGGUGGAGAGGAUACAGGCAUUUGGAGAGAAGACCCCUGGUCUCAGCCAAUAUGCUAUCAAGAAGUAUGCUGAGGCUUUUGAAGUUGUCCCGCGCACUCUGGCAGAAAGCUGCGGCCUAGACGCUACCGAGGUUCUCAGCAGGCUCUACGCUGCUCACCACAACAGCGAAGAGUGGGAUACUGGUGUUGAUGUUGACAACGAGGAAGAUACAGGUAUCCUGGACACCAAGGACGAGGGCAUCCUCGAUCUUCUCGUAUCCAAACACUGGGCCAUCAAGCUCGCCACCGAGGCAGCAAGAACAGUUCUGGCCGUGGACCAAAUCAUCGUCGCCAAGCAAGCCGGAGGACCCAAGCCACCCGGCCCCAACCCCAACUGGGAUGAGGAUUAA